CCCAAUUUCAAUUCUGUUCUUUGUUGCCCCCUCCCCUUCCUUUUUUAUUCCUCCUCCCCUCUCUCCCUUCUCCCAUUUAUAUUCCUCUGAAAGUGAAACCUCUCAUUCACCCCACUAAUGGCUCCUCCACAACGUAACCACCGCCCUUCGUCAUCGGAGUCAGAGUCAGAGUCCGAGCAGCCCAACGACACGACUGUGGUGGUCACACCCCAGAGGAACACCAAGCCUCAGAAAAAUCAUGUCAAGAAGCCGGAAGCUUCCCCGUCAAAGCCCCGGUCUUCUUCUCCUUCCUCCGGGGAGUAUGAAACAAGAGUGCAUGCAGUGGCAGCUGAUUGCAAGCCCAUGCAAGAUUCCAAAAGGCCCAUGCAGGAAGCCCCCAAGACUAGGUCAAAGUCCGCUGCUAGCCCUGCUGCAGCGAAACCCGGCGCCAAGCGUCCCGCAGCCGGCGGCGGUGACGUGGAGGUGAGCAAGGCGAGUAAGAAGGCCAAGAAGGAGGGGAAAGCCGAGAAGAAAGGGAAAGAUGCUGGAGAGGAGAAUGAGGAUGUGAAGAAGGGGAGAGGUCUGUUUCAGAGGCUUUGGAGUGAUGAGGACGAGAUCAAGUUGGUGAAAGGCAUGCUGGAGUACAUUAAGGUGAAAAGAGGGGCGGAUCCGGUAGCUGAUUCGGAUUCGUUUUAUGAGUUUGUUAUACCAUUGCUGACUGUGAGUGUCAAUAAGAGCCAGGUGCAAGAUAAGUCACGGAGAAUGAAGAAAAAGUACAAGAACAUUGAUUGCAAUAAGUUUAAGCCAACCAAGGAUCAUGAUUGGGAAGUCUACAAGUUGAUGAAGAAGGUGUGGGGAGGUGGUGGGGAUGAAGCCCGAAAGGUGGAAGAGCCCAAGCAGGGGGAUCAGAAUGGUACUGGGAAGGGUAAGGGUGUGGCUUCAUCUGAGCCUUUGAAGGAGCCUGGGUCAGUUGGUGUUGGUGUGUUGAAUGGGAGUGGUGGGUUUGUGAAGGGUCUGAAUCAGGGUGGUGCGUUUGUGAAGGGUUUGAAUGAGAAUGGUGGGUUUUUGAAGGGUUUGAAUGAGCUUGGGGGUUGGGAGGAUUUUGUGAAUCAAGAUAUGAAGUUGGUUGAUGAAGCAAAGAGUGCAGAUGUGAGUGGUAAAUGGAAGGAGUUGCAUCUUCUUGAACUGGAGCUUUUUAUCAAGAAGACUCAGGUUAUGGGGGAUCAAGCCAAGCUGAUCUUGGAGGCUCUGAAGUCUGCUGACAAUUAGCUUGCUGAAUAAGUUCAACCUUAUAAGAUUAAGACAAUCUUUGUUUAUCUAUUGGGUAGAAAUCCACUGUGAUCAGGUAACCCCGUAGAAAUUGAUCUAGAUGUUGAAAGAAAUAGGGAGAUGAUCAUAUUUUGAUUUUUGUUUGUGGAUUUCUGACUUUAGUAGGGUUGAAGAUGCAGUAAUCGGUUAGGUCGUCAUCGUUUGUAUGUGAAUUCUAAUGUCUUUCCAUGUCCUUUAAAUGAAGUAGCUUUUUUACG